CCGCGAUGUGACUUUCAAAGCCUUUUUUCUUGGGAAUGGACAAAGAGUGGACGGAGGAACUUGACUUGUUAUUCCGAUGGCAAAACUGAACCUCGUCUUCUCAGCUCUUCGCCCUCGUGUCGAGCCCUCACCAAUACGACGGCCGUCGUGCUUUUUCUCACCCACGGGUCAAGAGUGAUGGCGGAAGGAGAAGAAAGAAGACAAGGCCAUGCCCAUGGAAGUUACUGGCCCUUUUUGCCUUCAACUUUCCCAGGCUUUUUCCCCUUCCUCCAUCUAUCCCUACGCUGAGGUGGAGAAACUCACCAGAGUCAAGAUUUGCGCUGCUGGACCAGAGAAGAUUCACUCUGUACCGACUCACAAGGCACGGAUAACUGCCAAAGGCACCGUCUAAUCCCACUCUACAAUGGCUGGCACAGUCUGCAUGGACCAGGACUCGACCAUUCACCUCCCUCGCAUCCUCUGCCUCCACGGUGGCGGCACCAAUGCACGCAUUUUCCGCAUGCAGUGUCGUGUGCUUGAGCGCACCCUCCGCUCCACAUUCCGUCUGGUCUACGCCCAGGCUCCAUUUCCAGCGCAGCCAGGUCCAGAUGUGACUUCAGUGUACCAAAACUUCGGGCCAUUCAAGGGCUGGCUGCAGGCAACCGCCCAAGCCCACGAGUACAGCGCCCAGAACGUAGCGGAGCAGAUUCACGACUCUGUAACCGCCGCCAGGUGUGCAGACAAUCUACUCGGUGCCACCGGCCAGUUUGUGGGGCUUUUGGGCUUUAGUCAGGGUGCGAAGAUUGCAGCGAGUAUCCUCUUCGCCCAGCAAUAUGGAAUGGCGUUAUCUGGCGGCCAGUGUGACUGGCCGGGCCUCCGUUUCGCGGUACUCCUGGCCGGGCGGGGCCCCCUUGUAUGGUUAACGCCGCAGGCACCCAUGCCGCACGGGGUUGUUGACCCGACGUCUCCAGCAAUGCUGAUGCAACAACCCUUCCUCGCUGAUGACUCCGAUGAGCACAUUCUACGUUUGCCGACAAUACAUGUUCAUGGGCUGAAUGACCCUGGAAUCGACCUCCAUCGCGAGCUUUUGAAUCAAUAUUGCGACCCCAAUUCCGCAACUUUGCUUGAAUGGGAGGGCGCACACUCUGUGCCAAUUAAGACCAAGGAUGUGAAAGCAGUUGUGGAGCGAAUAUAUUCCGUUGCCCGGGAGGUAGGCGUGCUGAAUCUAUGGAGAUAAGUACCGGGUUAUAGUUCAUACCCCGUUAAGGUAGCAUUAGAAUCAAAGAGCGCAUAUCUAUCUUGCGGGCGAAGUAAGAAAUAUGCAUACUUUGUUCUUGUCUACUUUAUUCUUCCUGUACGGUCGCAUUUAAGGUGCCCUAAACAAAGUGGUUGCUUUUCUACAUUCAGAACAACAUCAUGCUGGAUCUCGCUGGUUAGGGACAGAUGGUUUCGACUAGCCCUGCGGGACAAUCCGCGAUGCUGUGAUGUCUAAAGAGUCGCCUAGUCGUGCACACAAAGAUUGACCAGCGCAGAAAGAGGAUAGUCAUACAACUCAAAAUAUAUUAGUCCAUUCUACUUCCA